GUCCCCCUCCCCACCUUUCACAAGCCCUUUGUGACUCUCCCACACUCUGUGAUGCAGGCCUGGGACUCAGGUGGAGCCUGCACACUCUCAGAACUCAGUUGCCACAGGCGGCCAUGCGGUUCCCGCAAUGGAGAAGGUUCUCUGGCUUCUGAAGAGCCACGCUGAGCCCUGGCUAAGCUUCUGCUCUGUGUACUUGGAUACUGUCCCCAGCUGCAUCUUUCUGAUUGUGGUGGGGCUGCUGCUUCUCUACCUUUGCCACCUGCGGUUACCAACCAAGGAUCGGGGCGGAGCCACGAGGAGGAGGAAAGGUGGAACGUUUAGAGGUUGGAGACCUCACAGGAGAGAAGCAGAGGAGAGAAGGAAGAGAGAGAAGGAGAGAAGGAAGCUGUCUUACAUUCUGAAAAGCUCCCUGGGCCACCACCAUGGCAGCACACCUUUCCGUCACAUGUUGUGUCCAGACCUCUCCUGUGAGGUGUGUAACAGAACAACAGCCGAGAUCCAGCAGCUGCUGCUCCAGGGGUCCCUGCAAGAUGCUGCUUCCUUGGAGUGUUUUUCACCCUCCUCUGAUUCUAUGAUCGAGUCCUCAGUGAGUCUCUCCUCUAACCUCUCUGCAAUUGCUCUGGGAGACCCAGUACUAUCACUUGUGCCUGAGUCCUCGCCACCUCCUUGUUCAGCUGUCUCAUCUAACGAGGCCACCUCCUUUGAAGACUUAAUUUCCCCCUCAAAGCUGGGUGAUUUCCUGCCCCCAGAGCCUACUCUACACCCAGAUUUCUCAUUCCCAGAGGGGUAUUUCCCUCUGCAACCACUUGGCAUUCCCUCAUCUCCACCACCUCAUAGCUCGGGAACAGUGACUCAGGGGGAUAGCCUUAGUGGACCGUCCACUCACGUGCCAAAAAACAAAGAUACUCACUCUCCUAACCUGGCAGCAUUGGAAAUCUGGCAUCAGGCUCAUACCAAGGACUUGUCCACCCCAAACUUGGCACAAGGGGAUGCCAAGCAAAGUAUUCUUGCCCUCCAUUCACCCAAGGAAUCCACUGGGGUUGACUCUGCAGCCAACAUUUUAGGUACUGGUAAUUUAUUAUUUAUCAGCCCAGAUGCCCUGGCACUCCUAGAGAGACAAGUCAAAAAGAGGGGUGAUUCCCUGAUACACAGCAAACAGAAAAACAAAACAGGAUCUUUUCCAAAACAAGCGAGGCCAGACUUUCUGCUUCAAUCCUCAGGGAAAAUGUUACAGUCUAUUCCUGAUAAAAAUGACUCAGCAAUCCCUCUUCCUUUCUGGAGCAGAAAAGAUAAACCACAGGAGCUGCAUAUGCACCGGCAGCCUCCAUAUCCUAAGACUUUUGAGGACCAUCUACAGGAAAAACGUAUCCAGCUCUCCUGGGACCACCCAGCCUUGCAACAUAACUUCCUGUGCCCUGCUGGCCUUGUCUCAGAUGGUUGUUCAUCAACCUUCAUCAUCUUCAGUAGUGUGUAUGAUACCUCCACAGCCCAGGGGUCCUCAGCACUUCCUGCUCCCCAGGCCCAGGAGUCCACAGCACUUCCUACUAUCCAAGCUCAGGAGUCCACAGCACUUCCUACUAUCCAAGCUCAGGAGUCCACAGCACUUCCUACCAUCCAAGCUCAGGAGUCCACAGCACUUCCUGCUCCCCAAGCUCAGGAGUCCACAGCACUUCCUGCUCCCCAAGCUCAGGAGUCCACAGCACUUCCUGUGCCCCAAGCUCAGGAAUCCUCAGCACUUCCUGUUCCCCAAGCUCAGGAAUCCACAGCACUUCCUACUAUCCAAGCUCAGGAACCCCCAGCACUUCCUGCUCCCCAAGCUCAGGAGUCCACAGCACUUCCUACCAUCCAAGCUCAGGAGUCCACAGCACUUCCUACCAUCCAAGCUCAGGAGUCCACAGCACUUCCUACUAUCCAAGCUCAGGAGUCUACAGCACUUCCUACUAUCCAAGCUCAGGAGUCCACAGCACUUCCUACCAUCCAAGCUCAGGAGUCCACAGCACUUCCUACUAUCCAAGCUCAGGAGUCCACAGCACUUCCUACUAUCCAAGCUCAGGAGUCCACAGCACUUCCUACUAUCCAAGCUCAGGAGUCCACAGCACUUCCUACUAUCCAAGCUCAGGAGUCCACAGCACUUCCUGUGCCCCAAGCUCAGGAACCCCCAGCACUUCCUGUUCCCCAAGCCCAGGAAUCCUCAGCACUUCCUGUUCCCCAAGCCCAGGAAUCCUCAGCACUUCCUGUGCCCCAAGCUCUGGAACCCCCAGCACUUCCUGCUCCCCAAGCCCAGAAAUUUCUAGUAUUUCCUGCUCCUCAAGCUCAGAGAUAUCUAGUAUUUCCUGCUCCCCAAGCCCAGGAAUCCCCAGCAUUUCCCAAACCCCAACCUCUGUUGGAGCCUGAGAUCCAAACUCAACUGCUGUCUCAAGCUGUGCCCCAACCUCAAUCCCAACUUCUCAGGGAGGACCAACCUCAGUCCUUUCUCCCAAUCCUGCUGCCUUUGCCUCCACCUCAGAAAAAUACCUGUGGAGUGCAUUUCCUUGGACUGCAGAAUGAGGCAGAGUCUCUCACACCAUCUGAAAUUCAAUACCUGGAACAUCACUUGUUGAAGAAAAAGCAUGAAAAUUUGUGGGGUAUACCCUCCGUGGUCCUUAUGUCUCAAGGAGCUUUUUGUCCUCCGGCUCCAAACCUGGCCUUGGCGAGCCAGCGCUUCAAGGCCCAUGUUCCGAUCUCCAUCCUUCCUGGAGAUUUUCGCCUGAGCAGUGAGGUUCAGGAGAAGCUAGAACACCACCUUCAAAACAGGAUCAUGCAAAACCAGUGUGGCUUGCCCCGCAGGGUCUGUGAGUCUCUGUCACGCGUUAACAUUCGGAGUGACAUUUCGAGGACACCCAAGUCAAAGAGCCAUCGGGGACCCUCAGGGGCCUAUUUGUUUAAGGAUCACAGCAUCAGAUACGCAAAGGAUUUGAGACUGAGCCAACCUGGAAGCUUCAGUAAGAAGACCUUGGAAAUGCUUCCUCUGGGAAAUGAUGUAAGGAAGUCCCAGGGACAUUUUCGGGACAGCGGUUCACGCAGUCAUCUGAUGAGCGACUCAGAGAGGUGCUCAGGAGAGGGUCUAUGGUAUGAUUCUGAGGAAGACCCAGCAGGUCACCUCAUGUGUCUGUCGGGGGAUAAUUCAAGGGCCUCAGGAAUAAGCCGAAAUCAGAAAAAACUUACCAAUGCCCUGGAAGCCCAUUUUAACAAGAAAGUUGUGGAAAUCCAUGAGAGUCACAUUCCUAGGACCGUAUAUAACUCAUUGUAUUCUACUAGGCAGCCAUGGCCUCUUCCUGAGAAAUCCUGUAGUCAAGUGGAUAGCAAAGAUUUGGCCCCAGUGGCGAGUGUAGACAGCAACAUCAACACCUCCUGUGAGCUUUCUUUCCUUGGUUCCAGCCAGCAGAAGAUGCUGGAAGACCAUAUACAAAAUUAUCUUGAGAGGAUAAUGUGGGGCCUUCCUGAAAAAGUCCUUGAAACCAUAGAAUUCUUCAAAAUGAAAGAGGAGCCAUCCCAGAGCGUUUGCCCACCCAACCUUCCCUCCUCAACCAGCUUUAUUCCCAUGGCUAAUUCCCAAGUGGGUGUCUCCAGACCCGUUAGAGGAAGCUCCAUGUUUUUGCAUGGAGACAAAGUGAGAAGAAAAACAUCUGUCCCUAGUCGAGAUCAUCAUUUUCGUGUCACCUCGCCUGUGUGCAAGCCCUAUAGAAGAGGCUCUCUAGCUUUGCAUGGAGACAAGGUGAGAACAAGAAUCUCUUUCCCCUGUCUGGAACGGCAACCUCCUGCCAGCUCACCUGUGUGCAGGCCCAGUGGAGGAGGCGCCAGAGUUUUUCAUGGAGACAAUGUGAGAGCAAGAAUCUCUUUCCCCUGUCUGGAGCAGCAGUCCCCUGCCAGCUCACCUGUGUGCAAGCCCUGUGGAGGAAGCCCCAUAGCUUUGCACGGAGACAAUGUGAGAGCAAGAAUCUCUUUCCCCUGUCUGGAGCAGCAGUCCCCUGCCAGCUCACCUGUGUGCAGGCCCUGUGGAGGAAGCCCCAUAGCUUUGCAUGAAGACAAGGUGAGAACAAGAAUCUCUGUUCCUAGUCUGGAUCAGCAUUUCCCUUCCACCUCACCUGUCCCUCAGGGGACACUGAGGCAAACCCCCUGUGAUAGCCCCCAUGGGCGAAUAGAUAACAUUCAGAGAUUCAAGGAUUGUAGACAGCCUUGUGUGGAUAACAUCACAGACAAAGCAAGACAGAAACAGGCUGCACUAGGCAAUAGAUGCAGCCCAGUGGUGUUCACAAGGGAAGAUAGAGCUGGAUCAAAACCAAGCUGUAAGCAAUGGAACUCUAGAAAAAGAAUAAAAAGGCUUCAGGGCAAAAAGAUGAAUUUGGAACAUUUUCCCAUGCGUAAGAAAUCCAGGGGAAUACUCAUAUCAAGGGAGCUCUGUGUUCUCCCAUCUCCAUGUAGUUACAUCUUGGCCAGCAACAAGUCAGAAAUCUCCCCAAUGACAGGUGUGACUUCGGGUAAGGUAGGAGCUACCCUGCCCACUGAACAUUCCCCACCAAUAUCAGAAUCCCUAGAUCCUAAACUCUCUCUGCUCUGUGACUUAGAGAGCAGGGAGCAUCGCCAGGCUUGCAGCCAUCCCACUGACCCGUCCGUUGCAUCAGAGGACCUGAAAUCUAAGCCUGUCCUGACUCACGCCCGGGGCAUCUGCACUUGGCACACAGCACCUUCCCAGGUGUUGCAUGUUCAUGUUGACGAUGCAGCGAUCCACAGGGAGCAGAUGCAGGAGCCCUGUGUCCCUGUGUGUGCCUUAUGGAAGGACCAGGAUAAGAAUCUCACACCAGGUUCAAAGACAGUAAGCCUUCCAGAACCCCAAACAGAAGAGCUUGGUGGAGGAGAUGCAGGACCAGGGUCAUCCCAACCCAGAAGGAGGAUCCACGGCGCUCCAGAUGGUACCUUAAAGGCAAAUCUUGGGAGUAAAUCUUCCCCAACCCUGUCGGUGGAGGGGCAACCUCCUACUGAAAGCCAUUUCAGAAAACAAAUAAAGCACUUUCUACAAUGGAUUUGGCCUAGCAGAAAGCGUGAAGAGCCAGAGAGUUUUCUGGGAAAGGGCAGUACCCUAUCAUCUGUGCAGAGGAUGGGCCUAGCUAAAAAUCUAGCUGCCUUCACUUGGAAUUCUGAGCCUCAGCAAGUCAAGACGGCCAGUGGGAAUGUCCCAGGGGAGAAGCUGGGGCUUGAUCCCAGAACAGGUAAGACCAACCACCAAGAGCCCCUUUCCACCCAGGUGAAGUUUGGCAAAACUCAGCACCAGGCAAAAUUGCAGACUAGGGUAGUGCCUGUCCAGGGCCAUCAGUCCAACCAGAGGACAACAUCUUGUAAAGGGACAAGUAUCAAGUCCUGCAGCCAAGAAGCUGCGUUUGCUGGCCAGAGUUAUCCUGCAAGGAAUGCACACAGGAAACACAGAGAGUCCCAGAAAUCUGUGCCAGUUAAGGACCAGCCAUGGUAUCAGAGGCCUCCCUUGGCUGUGUCCCAGAGGAAGCCUGUGCCACGCCCAAGCCCCACCUAGAGGUGUCAAGUUGGCCAGGUGCCUUGGGUUGCCCCUGCCACUGCAAAAGUUGUUGAGAGAUUUGUCUCUACCUUUUAAACAGAAAAAUUCAUCUCCAGUGUUUUCAAGGAGGAAAUCUGCCUCCCUAAAAUCUUUAAUACCUUGUUGAAAAUAUUGAUUCUUCCUAAUAAAUAUUCUCAAGUGAGAGUGAUAUCUUUUCUGUGU